AUGCAGUCCCUUGUGACGCCCUUCGGAGCGAGCUACUACUUUUCGUCCAAGAGCCUGACUGUCGAAGUGUAUCAGGGUCUGGUAGAUCGAGGCUGGAGACGAUCCGGCACUGUCUUCUACAAACCGGAUGUCCUACGGCACUGUUGUCCCCAUUACACCAUACGCCUCCCCGCCGCCUCCUUUACGCCGGCCAAGGACCAGAGACAAGCAGUGAAUCGGUGGAAUAGGUUCGUCCUUGGUGAUGAAUAUCUUAGAGAGGCCGCGAGACUGCAUCCAAAGUCCAAGGAGGAGAAGGCCCGGCAGCGAAAUACGUUCGAUCUGAUCACUGCGGUCCAUGAGAGCGAAUACACGAACGUAAAGCGACCACCAGAGCCUGCACAUCGCUUCGAAAUAACUCUCGAACCCGACACCUUUACACCGGAGAAAUACGAGCUCUUCCACAACUACCAGCAGCAUGUCCACCACGAGAAGCCCUCCGAAAUAUCCGAGAAUGGCUUCAAACGCUUCCUGUGCGGCUCGCCCCUCCGACGCAAGACCGCUCAGAAGGACGGGAAACCGCAACCUCUGGGGUCACAUCAUCAAUGCUAUCGAUUAGACGGUCGAUUGAUUGCUAUGGCCGUCCUGGACCUUUUACCACACUGCGUCAGCGGCGUUUACUUCAUUUACCACGCCGACUUUGAGAAGUGGAGCUUUGGGAAGUUGAGUGCUCUGCGAGAAACAGCUCUAGCAUUGGAAGGAGGUUACCAAUACUACUACAUGGGUUACUACAUCCAUUCAUGCGCCAAGAUGCGGUACAAGGGCGAAUACCGGCCACAGCAUGUGCUAGACCCUGAGAGCUACGAGUGGAACCCGCUAGACGGCGAACUUCGAACGCUGCUCGAUAGGAAGACGUACGUCUCCCUCUCGCGUGAGCGGCGACGAAAGGAACUUAGUUUGAAGGAUGAGGGCUUGAACGAACCAGCUCCAGACGAGGCAGGUGUUGACGAUUUCUCCGAUUACCCUUUGCCCAGCGCCUCCGAGGCUGGAGAAGCCAUAAUGGACGGCACGUCGCUUUUUGACCUGAAGAUCCCUGGAGUGAUGACCGCGGAAGAAGUCGAGAAUGAUUACGAGCUCGACCACCAGCGUUUACAAGCUAGGGGAAGGCUAUUCGAGGCAGAUGAUCUGAUGGCCUGGGAGAGCGGCGACAUCCGGGAUCCUAAAUCACUGAAGGGUAUCAUUGCCGAGCUCGUUGCCUGCCUUGGAGCCGAUGUCGCGAGGCAGGUGGUAGUGUCGUUUAGCUGA